UUCACUUCCGUGUCACACAGAGAACAUGGCGGAUAAAGAAAAGAAGAAGAAGGAGAGCAUCUUCGACUUGUCGAAGUACAUCGACAAGCCAAUUCGUGUGAAGUUUCAAGGAGGACGAGAGGCCAGCGGUGUCCUGAAGGGGUUUGAUCCCCUGUUGAACCUGGUGUUGGACGGCACAAUCGAGUACAUGCGUGAUCCAGAUGACCAGCUGAAGCUGACAGAAGACACCAGGCAGCUGGGUCUGGUGGUCUGCAGAGGAACCUCCGUCGUGCUAAUCUGUCCUCAGGACGGCAUGGAGGCUAUUCCAAACCCAUUCGUACAGCAACAGGAUGGUUAAUACGCUGUCCGUCACUCGCUUCAUUCAGAGCAAAUUUCUGUUAGAUAUCUUAAGUUUUACAGCAGAGGGGCACUUGAAAGCACUUCAGCUUUGUUUUUGUCUGUGGUGUGCAAGUUUGCAAAGAUUUGAGUUGUAUAGAGCCCACAAGUUUGGGAAGAGUUAACCGUAUCAUUUUCUUUUUAUCCACAAUAAGAAACUUUUUACUAUUCUUUGUUGUUUUUGAUAAGAAAAUAAAAUGAAAAUGUAUGUUGAGUACAUUUUGUUCUCCCUUGUUCUUGUACGUAGUGGAUGCAGAACUAGAUGGCAUAAUUUAAUUUAUUGAUUUUCUUUCUUUCUUUUUUUUAAAGUCGAUGCAAUUUAAUGAACAUCGAGCUGAUAUUUUCUUCCGCUCAGCCAUCCGACACUUUUUAGCAGAGUUACUGUCACUUGUGUUCUUUCUGCAACUCGGUGUCAUUGUUGCCUACGAAAUACAUUUCCUGGUUAAAUAAAGGCUAAAUUAUAAAAAAGUGAGUUAGCUACAGCUAAUUUUCACAUGCAGUCCUUUUAAUAAUCACACAUACUAAUAGAUUGUCAUAUCUUUUAUAAAACUGACCAACUAGUUAAGACCAGUUGGGGUACUUAUAAAACAUUUAGGUUGUGGACAAACUGCUGGAUUGGCCACAGCUCCAUCCUCUCUUUCCUUUGCAGUAACAAGUAAUCGAUUGUUAUCUUUGACACUGUUUAAAGGAAUUAAGGGAGUGUGUGUUGUGUUUGUGAAGAUAAGCCACUCAAGCCUGUCUGCACACAAACAAAGGGGCGUUUGUGGUAAUAAUGGCUCUAACUCGGUUCUGCUUUAAGCAGGGUGG